UGUCUUUGAGUUCAGAGGGCCGCAGUUGCUCAGAGAAAAGCGAGAAUGACCACUUUAGGCUCAGCCAAUGGCUCACGCAUCUUGUCGCUAUCCGGGGUGUCCAGUCCGCGCUCGCCAGUCGCCACCAUCGGCGGCACCAUCUCGCUCAAGCAGGUCACACAGUCGUCCCCAUCGCCACUGGGCAGCUUGUCUGGCAAAGGUCCAGCAGCACAGCAAGCGUCGGGUUCGCUGCUGAAUCCAGCUAAGUCGAGCACUCCAAGCCCAAGCCAAGCAGGUCACCACCAACACCACCACCACCACCACCAUCAUCAUGCUCAUCAUGCUCAUCACGCUCAUCCCAAGGAGCACGAGGCGGAGGAUGGCAGCAACGCCUCGCCUGCGCCGCGGCGCACACUGAUUUCGCUGUCUGCUGUAACGGCAGGAUCGCCAGGCUCGUCCGCUGCUUCGACGGCAGCUGCGAUGCGGCGUGUGAUGCCGGAACACGAAGGCCGCUAUGUCAUCACCUACCCAAAGUCGCGGUCGUCUGCGUCGGUUUCCUCGGACGCGUCCGAGUCUGAAUCCUCCGUCAUCACUGCUGCAGCGGAAGGCGCAUUCACUCCAAGCAAGAAGGCCAAGGCUGGCGCAACAGUGACACCUGUUCAAGCUCGAGUCAAAGUUAUUGCGACUAGUGCAUCCGCAGCAUCGCCUGCUCGGAUCUCCAAGGCGACGGCCACAACUGCAGCCAACACCAAGAACGCCACCGUGCUUCAACGCGUUGUCGCCGCUGUUUCAUCGCCUCAGCAACAGCUCCAACAGCUCAGCGAGAGCGAUGCAGCUGAGCAUGCACGAAGACAGCAGCGUCGCAAUCGAUUUGCCGCUCCAGCACCCACUUCGCAGUCGAAAUGAAUUGAAAACAAUGAGGGUUUUUGUUUUUUUGUUUAAGGUUGUUCAAACAAGGUAGUUUACGCUUUUUUACUGUUGAGGAUCUGUUCAAGCUUGCGAAAGAG